ACCGCUCUCUCUCUCUUUGUUAAUCUCGUACUACUUUACUGUUAUUUCAAAAUUUGAUCUUUCUCUCUCUAAAAAAAACCUUGCAGUUUUCUCUCUCCUCCAUUUUUGUGUGGUUAGCUUCUCUGCUUCUGUAGCUCAAGCUUUCUAUGUGAACUCAGUUGAAACUUAAAUCACACAAAAAUGUUCACUCAAGGCCUGGAUAACAGUGCCCUCAAAUGGGUUAAAGAGGGUUCUAUGGAUAGUAAAAAGGAAGAACCCUUUUCAGUGUUAAAUCAUAGGACAAGGAUUGACCCAAUUCUAAAAAAGAGCAGCAGCCAAGGUUUUGGGCUGCCACCGCCCGGAAAGUUCCGAAGCGGGCAUUUGCCACUCUCUAGAGUCAUUCCUGGGGAUGACUCAGCUUCUGUUUCUGGUAAUGACAUCAGUUCUGAGUCUGAGGAGGAUGAUGUUUAUGGUGGGAGGUAUUCUUUGGACUCAUCCCCACAGGAUGAACGUGCUCCUCCUUCGAUUGCUAGUAACUAUAGAUACUCGAAUCCAAGAUCGUUACCGCCAACUCGAAUGAGUUAUGGAAGUGAUUAUCUGUCUUCUGAUGUGUAUUCGUCGGUGGAGUUUACUGGGAAGAAGGGUGAGAGGUUAAGUAAAGGGAAUGGGAGGUACCCAGUUCGGCAGAAUGGUUAUGCAGAGGAUGAGUCUGAAGAUUCUGCUGGUAGCUCUGAGUUUUCGUCUUCACAAGUUGGGAGCAACAUCCAUACAGCUUCUCGUUCACAAGCUCAUGUUUCAGAAGGCUAUACGUCUAGUGUAACUUCGAGGAUGAAUGUUGGGAAGGAUGAUGAUGAUACUCCAAGUGCACCUCCAGUUUGCAGCUCAGGUCAGGAUACCUGCCAGGCUGUGCCUGUAGCCCAUGACAAAAUAUCUGUUGAAUCUCAUGGUGCUUCUAACAAAAUUGAGCCAGAUGCUCCCAGCAUUACACCAUCUGUUGACUGUCAAGGGGCUACUACUGAAAAUAAGAUUCCGGAACCACAUGCAAGAACCACAAUCGGUGCAGAAUCUGCAGGGUCAUCAGGUUCACAUGCUGCGCGUCUACCCACAUUCCAUGCAAGCACUCAAGGACCAUGGCAUUCAGUAGUUGCAUAUGAUGCUUGCGUUCGUCUUUGUCUCAAUGCAUGGGCAAGGGGUUGCAUGGAAGCUCCUGUUUUUCUAGAAAAUGAGUGUGCUCUAUUGCGGAGUGCAUUUGGUUUGCAGCAAAUUCUAUUACAGUCAGAAGAGGAGAUUCUGGCUAAGCGUGGCUCAGAGGUUGCAGUUGAAGGAGCUCCACAGAAACCAAAGAAAAUGAUUGGGAAGAUGAAGGUCCAAGUUCGUAAAGUUAGAGUGGGAUUGGAUCCACCUACUGGUUGCAGUUUUGGGUCCGUAAAGGCUCCAGUUAUAAAGUUGGAGUCUGCUAAGUUGCAAUUAUCCAAGGUGCAAAGGUCAGUUGUGUCUGGAUGGCAUGCCCUGCGAAGAGUGCAUUUUGUACUUCAUAAGCCCUCAGAUAGUUCGUUGUCACAAAAGAGUCUGGCGUAUGUUCAAGCCAGUACUCAAUACAUAAAGCAAGUUUCUGGUCUUUUAAAAGUGGGUGUUGUAACAACAUUGCGUCACAGUGCAUCAUCUUAUGAACCUGUGCAAGAGAGUCAUUCCUGUUUGUUAAGAUUAAAAAGUUCACCUGAAGACGAUGUUGUUCGGAUGCAACCUGGCUCUGGCGAAACUCACGUAUUCUUUCCAGAUGGUCUGGGAGAUGAUUUGAUUCUUGAAGUUCAGGAUUCAAAAGGAAAAAGCUGUGGCCGUGUGGUUGCUCAAGUGGCAACUGUUGCUGAUGAUCCGAAUGACAAGCUGCGCUGGUGGUCGAUAUUUCGUGAGCCAGAGCAUGAGCUUGUUGGUAAAAUUCAAGUUUAUAUCAACUUCUCCAUGAGCACUGAUGAGAACAGUAAUCUUAAGUGCGGCUCCGUGGCAGAGACUGUAGCUUAUGACUUGGCUUUAGAAGUUGCAAUGAAAGUCCAACAUUUUCAACAAAGACAGCUACUGUUGCAUGGCGAAUGGAAAUGGUUAUUGGAAGAGUUUGCAACUUAUUAUGGGGUUUCUGAUGCAUACACGAAAUUAAGAUACCUUUCUUAUGUCAUGGAUGUUGCGACACCUACAGCUGAUUGUCUCACUCUUGUGUAUGAUUUGCUUUAUCCUGUGGUUAUGAAGGGCCACACAAAGAGUACAUUAAGUCAUCAAGAGAACCGCAUCUUAGGAGAAGUUGAGGACCAAAUUGAGCAGAUACUUGCUCUGGCAUUUGAGAACUACAAAUCCUUGGAUGAAUCACUGCCUUCUGGAAUUAUAGAUGUCUUUCAACCUGCAAAUGGGUGUGCGGCUCCAGCUAUGCUACCUGCUGUGAAACUUUACACUCUGCUUCACGAUAUACUGUCUCCUGAGGCACAGAACAAACUAUGCAGACACUUCCAGGCUGCUGCAAAGAAGAGGUCGAAGAGGCAUUUGGCUGACACCGAUGAGUGUGUUAGUAACACAGGUGAAGGAUGCUUGCUGGAUCAUGUUAGCAUGUCCACUGCUUACCAGAAAAUGAAAUCCCUUUGCUUGAAUAUCAGAAAUGAAGUUUCCACUGAUAUUGAAAUUCACAACCAGCACAUACUUCCCAGUUUUGUCGAUCUUCCGAAUCUUUCUUCAUCUAUAUACAGUGUGGAACUUUACAACCGGAUCCGUGAGUUCCUUAUUGCUUGCCCUCCGUCUGGUCCUUCACAACACGUGGCAGAACUUGUGAUAGCAACUGCAGAUUUCCAAAGAGAUCUUGCCAGCUGGAACAUCAAUCCCAUCAAAGGUGGAGUUGAUGCAAAAGAAUUGUUCCACUUGUAUAUUGUUGUCUGGAUUCAAGACAAGCGUCUGGCUUUGCUUGAGACCUGCAAACUUGACAAGGUCAAGUGGUCUGGGGUCCGAACACAACAUUCCACGACACCUUUUGUUGAUGAAAUGUAUGAGAGGCUGAAAGACACACUAAAUGAUUAUGAGGUCAUUAUUAGCCGCUGGCCAGAAUAUAGCUUUGCCUUGGAAAAUGCCGUUGCGGAUGUAGAGAAGGCUGUAGUGGAGGCUCUAGACCGGCAAUAUUCUGAUGUCUUGGCUCCUUUAAAGGAAAAUCUUGCACCAAAGAAAUUUGGUUUCAAGUAUAUGCAGAAACUGACUAAGCGAACAGUUAACCCUUAUGUUGUUCCCAGUGAGGUUGGGAUCCUUCUAAAUUCAAUGAAGAGGAUGCUUGACGUUCUUCGGCCCAAGAUAGAAACUCAAUUUAACUCAUGGGGAUCCUGUAUCCCUACUCUUGGCAACCAUAUCCCAGGAGAACGUUUAAGUGAGGUUACUGUCAUGUUAAGAGCAAAGUUCAGAAACUACCUGCAAGCCAUUGUUGAGAAGCUUGUCGAAAAUACGAGGCUACAAAAUGCAACAAAAAUUAAGAAAAUUCUCCAAGACUCCAAGGAAAGCGUUGGGGAACCCGAUGUUAGAAAUAGAAUGCAGCCUCUAAAAGAACAGCUGACGAGCACAAUGAAUCAUAUGCACACAAUCUUUGAGACUCAUGUCUUCAUUGCUAUAUGCCGGGGUUACUGGGACCGAAUUGGUCAGGAUGUUCUUAGUUUCUUGGAGAAUCGAAAAGAAAAUAAAGCAUGGUACAAGGGUUCAACAAUUGCUGUUUCUGUUCUUGAUGAUACCUUCGGCUCACAGAUGCAGCAGCUUUUGGGAAAUGCUUUACAAGACAAGGACAUUGAGCCUCCUCGAUCUGUGAUGGAAGUUCGAUCCAUGUUGUGUAAAGAUGCCCAGAUUCAUAAGAGUAACACGUUUUAUUACUGAUUUAAUUUUUUGGAGCUGCUUUAGCUGGAUGGGAAGAGCAUGUUUCAUUCCAGUGGAGAGUUCUCUGCUCUCUUUGUGGUGAAGGUAGCAAGCGGCUCGGCAGCUCCAGAACUACUCAAGUUUGUAGCAUAAUGUAGAUAAGUUGCUGAUAGUGAAUCCUUUCCAGUUUUGUGAAGUGAAGAAAAUAUAGUACUCUAUGAAAUUAGCACAUUAUAAGGAAAUCGUAAUAUAGAAAUUCUUUUUUGUUAAUAAAACUAUGUCUCCUAUUUCCAAUCAUUAUUUUGCUCCUUGUGGCUGCAUUAGUGGGUAUCAAGGCAAUUUGGGAAGCCAAUGGAUAUUCAUGUAUCUAUUGUACUUCUACAUCCUUACUAAAUUGUCAUAGUUUACUUUCAAUCAUACAUUAGGAGCUAGACUAUAUUUAUUAAAUAAUACUGUAAUUGAAUCAUAUAUUUAAAUUAAAUGACACUGUAAUUUUAAUAUUCUUUUUAGAA